GGCAAACAUGAAUUAAUAUUAAAGAUAUAUUAAUAAAUAGAACAUUGCUUUAACAAAAAGUGUUUAGGGGGCCUGAUACAAUUUAGCUUUGCAUCACAUAUUUUCUAUACUAUUACUACUCUUAUUAAUAAAUAAUAGUAAUAAUUAUACUUAACAAGAUAUGAAGUUAAACAUCCGCCUCCGCCAGAACAACUUCCAUAUUCUUAAAAAGCUUGGCCUGCAUUUUCUUUUGCUCAGAAAGUUUUGGCCUGGACUGAUGUUGUGUCCUUGUUGGUUUUUCUAGGGUGGACUGUCUCUGUGGCUACGUUUACAUGCACAAAUUUUCGUCAAUCCGAAUGAAUCGAAUUCGAUUGCAGAUCUGUUUACAUGUACUGUAAACAUUGUAAUCUGAUUCAAAUAUCCGUUUAUAUGCGUUUUAUAUACAUUCCGAUUAAAACUUUUGCGCACGCGCUCUGCGUGUGUGACGUCUUAACAUUUGCGACAACCAUGGACGUGACACCAACAGAGCUAAUCAUUAUUUUUGCCCUGUUGGCAUACAUAUUCAUAAAUCAGCAACGUUUUUUUGUGAACUUUUACUGUCUUUUCUCGGCCAACGAAGAAGAAUACAAGCAGCUUUACAACAUCCUGUGUGGCUUCAUCACAUUACUCUGAUGCCCAUUCCUCCCCCAUUAACCCGCAGUCUCUGGAUGAAGAUACGGAGUCAAGAUUGGUGGGAAAGAGUUGUUCUGAAGGAGUUUUCAGAUUCGGAAUGGAAACAAAAUUUUCGAAUGACACGGUGUUCAUUUUUGGCUUUAUGUUCUGUCAUGAAAGAACACAUGAGCCCCGCGGAGUGUACAGUGCGUGCCCCCAUUCCUUUAAUAAUGCGUGUUGCCGUUGCCUUGUACAAACUAGGAUCUUGCGCCGAGUAUCGAGUGAUUGCCAAUCAGUUUGGAAUCCAUAAAAGCACAGUGAAAAAGUGUCUAUCUUUUCUGCAAGGGAAUGCUCAAAUCUCCAAUAAAAACUCUAAUUAAAGUACCUAAUGAAGAUGAGGCAUCAAAGUACGCCCAACGUUUUGAGAGGUACCACAUUCCACAAAUAAUGGGGCUGAUCGAUGGAACUCAUAUUCCGAUUCUACCUCCCUCUGAUGGAUAUAAAGACUUCGUGAAUAGGAAAGGGUGGCCCUCCUACGUGCUUCAAGCCGUUGUAGAUGACCAAGGCCGCUUCUGGCACAUAAGCUGCAAAAUGCCAGGCAGCGCCCACGAUGCAAGUGUGCUUAGACAAUCAGAACUCUUCCAGAAAGCCCACCUGCUGCCCAAGGCUGUGAAAAACGUAGAAGGACAAGACCUCAGGCUAAUGGUUGUUGGAGAUCCUGCUUAUCCCUUACUUGACUGGUUGAUCAAGGGGUACACAAAUUCUCCCAAUCUUACACCAGAGCAGGAAUCAUUCAGUGUCUACCUGAGUUCACUCAGGGUAGGUGUAGAGAUGGCGUCCGGCAAGCUGAAAUCAAGGUGGCGAGUGCUCCUUAAAAGAAGUGACUUUCACUUCUCCUUUGCACCGACGAUGAUCGCUACAUGCUGUGCACUGCACAACUUUUGUGAGAAGCGAAAUGAUGGGGUGAAUUUAAACUGGUUAAACGACAUUUGUGAGACUGACCAACUCUACCCUCAGCCUACCCAACCUGUUCAUGCUUCGGUCAGCACAAGCGGAAAGAAUGCAAGAGAAGCACUGACCCAGUAUUUGGCCCGUCAUUUUCCCCUCCGUCAAGGUCACCUACACUGAAAACAGACA